CCACCCCCCUUUACCCCCCUCACCUCUCUCCAUCCUCCUCCCGUGCCUCCCCUUCCCAUCAUUUUGACCACGCCCUUUUAUAGCGACGAAAAUUAAUCUAAUUCACCGCCCAGCCACACCUCCCCUCUCUUUCAACACCCCCCCCCCCUUACCCACAACAUCAAGUAUUCCAUUAGUAGAAGUGGUGCAAGAAGCUUCUCAAGAAGUUAUCAAUUUCCCUACAUUAAGCUGUUCAAUUACACGUGCAGUACAUUACUAAUCGUUCAAAUGGGGGAUCCGAAUUGUCUCUCCGUUCGGAUUAUCAACAGACUUAUUCUUGCUCUUGUUCUUGUAAUGGUUGUCGGACUAGUUAUUGUUCUUGCCUCAACUCUUGUUCUAGCCACAGCGACUGCUGAACAGAAUGGAGACGAAAUAGUUAGUUUGGGUCUGAAAUCUGAAAAUUGUACUGUACAGCAAUUGUAUAGAGAAGAAACAAAUAAAGGUGGUGUUAAGAUGACUGAUGACAGCAAAACCAACUGUAAUUCCGGAUUUAGGAGGGCUCGCAUGGGCAGAAAUACGAGAAAAAGAGAUUUUCUGCUGAAAUCCUUAAAUGGCGGUUUGGAUGGAAAAGAAAAUGGACAAUCAGAUAAGAAACGAAAAAGACCGAAAAAGCAAAGAAGAAGGAGACUGCAGGGACGACGAAAAUUACAAAAUAGACGAAAAGUCACCGGCCGAAAUGCACGAAAACGAUUGGCAGUUGGGAGAUUGCGAAAACUGUGGCUGGAGGGGGAAUCUUAUCGAAACUGGAAAAGGAAGAAGAGCACAGAGUUAUUGUUGCAACAACCGGAGAGUCAAGUUGCCAUUGCCCAGCUUUGGCAACAGCUAAUUAGACAGGGAGAUCACUGGCAAGAUGUUUAUUCAGGGAUGCAUAAUUCAAGCUUUCCAUUCAGUUUAAGAGAAGAAAUAACAAAACAAGAUAUUACAGAAUUGAGUAAAGGAGAUACAGCUACAACACAUCAUCUUCACCCGGAGCUCAGCAGAUAGUGCCAACUUAACAAAUUAGAAUUUACAAAUUUGAUAUGCAUUAUUAAAUAGUGCAAAAAUUGUUCAAUUUAAAUCAAAACAUUAAAAACUCUUUACAUUUAUUAGCUAACAACUUUAACAGCUAUAGCUUUGAAAUCUAAUGGUGUAAACUUGUAAACCCUAAUUGUGUUAUUUUAAUCUUUUUCAAAACUUGUAGUUUUUAACUAAGAUCAUAUUUGGCUUUUAACCUGUCUCCUAGACUUUAAAAACCCAAGAAAGAUAUCUUUAUAUGUACACAUAAAUAUAGUAUAUGUACAUAUA